AUGGCCACGGCAUGGAAAGUUGCCGUUACGGCUCUUCUUGUUUCGUUUUGCGAUAACAAUCACGGCGGUCAUGUAGUAGAUGCUUGGGGAGGCAGCAGUCGAAGUGGAAACAGCACCGUCACCAAGAAAGGCCUCCAGUUGGUUGGCAGUUGCAGUCAAGAGGACUUUCAAGUCAAGGCAGUCUACUUGGUCUGUGACAGUCCUGGAGCAUAUUACAGGGGAAGUAGCACCUAUCGUGACAGUGAAACCUGCAUAUACGGAGACAAGGCUCGUCUCCAACUGGAGUUCAAAAUCAAAGAUUCCUUUACCGGUGCCUCUUCCAUUCGAUUGGAAGUCGAAUCUGGAUUGUACGACCAGUGGAAGCGUGUGGCCAUAUUAGAUGACCUCUGCAGCUACGCCGGGUCCAAUUUGCAACGAGUUUAUUCCGAAUACGAAUCCAUGACAUCAUGUCCGACCCCUGGUUUGUAUCAGUUGGACACCUACUUCACCGUACCUGCUUUUACGGUGGAUUCCGAGCUGCACUACACGCCGGAUUUGCGAUUUCGCUUCUACAAUGCCAAGGGCAAUGUCUUGGGCUGUGCCACCACGGGUACACUGGCUCUGAGUGGCCAUGCCAGAGAACAUGCCCAGCAAGGAUUGUUUGCAUUGAUGGGCGCCUUUUUUGCCCUGAUAUGCCUCUUUUCGUCCCUCAUUUACCUCAAUUAUGGACGAGAACGACGGAUGCUGGCGGAAAAGCGUGAAUUGAAAAUGCAACAAAGCAUGGGUGCGGUAGCGGCUCCAUCGCCUUCUUCCAGACCAUCACAACAAGAUGCUGACCACGAUCAACGGUAUCACUAUUUCAAUGGCAACGAGGAUGAACAAGGCUUGAAUGGUAGUUCACACACUAGCAAUACCAGCAAUGCCGGGUCCUCGUUGAGUUCCCAUCCACAACGGAAACACCAUCCGCCGCUAUAA